CAGCAGCCUGACUACACGCCAACUGUUAGUGCUGGGGGGGAAAAGAACACAAAUGGACUCACAUGUUAACUUUCUAUGAAGAUAUCACCAUAGUUUCAUUUUGUAAAUCGCUAUGAAGGCCCAGGAAUGGCUUCUAAUUACCUGUUGCCUCUAUGGCUUGUGCGCAGUGGGAGGUGCAUCAGAAAAGGAAGAUCAGCUGACGAAGAAACUCUUCUCUUCAUACAACCUCAAAGUGCGGCCUGCAAAGACACCAGAGGAAAGAGUCAUUGUUAGGAUAGGCAUGACUCUUUCAUCAUUCCUCAGCCUGAACAUGAAAGAUGAGGAGAUGAACACUAUUGUUAUCAUGAACUUGGAGUGGAAUGAUUAUCGUCUUUCUUGGAACCCAAAAGAUUAUGGAGGAAUUGAUUUGUUGCGCAUCCCAUCCGGAAAAAUGUGGCUCCCUGACAUUGUUCUCAUCAACAAUAAUGACGGCAAGUUUGGUGUAGCUCUACAGGUCCACCUGCAGGUCUACAGUAACGGCCGUGUGACGUGGACUCCACCAGCAUUAUACAAGAGUUCUUGCGGGGUAAAGGUGACAUACUUUCCUUUUGACUGGCAGAACUGCACCAUGGUAUUCCACUCGUACACAUACGACUCUUCAGAAAUAGAUCUGCAGCACGGCCUUGAUAACAAGGGAAAUGAAAUCAGAGAGAUAGUAUACGACACAGGCUUCAGCGAAAGUGGAGAAUGGCACAUUCGUCACAAGGUUUCUAGAAAGAAUGUGCGAGAGGACCUAUAUGAGGACAUCACCUUCUACCUGAUCAUCGAGAGGAAGCCCAUGUAUUAUGUGUUUAACAUCGUCCUGCCCUGUAUCCUCAUCACCAUCAUUGCCAUCUUUAACUUCUAUCUGCCACCUGAUGCAGGGGAGAAGAUGGGUCUUUCUAUCAAUGUGCUGCUCACUCUGACUGUCUUUCUGCUUCUGUUGGCCAACAAAGUCCCAGAAACAUCUCUGGGUGUGCCCAUCAUCGUCAACUACCUGAUGUUCACCAUGAUCCUGGUCACCUUUUCCGUCAUUCUCAGUGUCGUGGUGCUCAAUCUUCACCACCGCUCCCCCAACACACACCAAAUGCCCCUCUGGGUGCGCAAGAUCUUUAUCCAUAUGUUGCCUCCGUACCUGGGGCUACUUAGACCUAAAGUGGAGACUCUUCUGUUUCUUGAGAAACCUCCCAAAAAGGAGAACAUCCAAGCCAUCAGCAGAGUGGCAGAUGAGUACUUCAUCCGCAAGCCCAAUAACACCAGCUUCCUCUUCCCUAAACCAAACAGGUACCAGCCUGAUGGUCAAUGCACUGACCUGAGGAAGUUCAUUGAAGGCCCAAGUCACUACCUCACCCUUCCUCCAGAACUCAAGGCAGCAGUGGAGGCCAUCACCUACAUUGCAGGGCAGCUGCAGGCUGAAAAAGAUUACGAGGCUUUAAAGGAGGACUGGCAGUAUGUUGCCAUGGUGGUUGACCGACUCUUCCUCUGGAUUUUUGUGGUUUUUACCACCGUUGGGACACUGGCCAUUUUUGCUGAUGCCAGCUUCAAUGCGACGCCUACUGACCCCUUUAUGAGCCCCUAAACCCGAUGGUCAUUUCUUAAACCUUGGACUUUUCACUUCAGAAGUAUUGGCUCAAAUGUGUAAUACACAGUCUGCAUGUUUAUGGUCUUUUACUGUUUGAGUACAGGUGAAGUAAUUUGUUCAUUAAAAGACAUUUCAGUUGUUAAAGUAAUGAAUCAAUGCAUCAAAACAGCUUUCCUGACUGGGUUCAGUGUGAUCUUAUAUAAUUAGGGGUAGGUUAAAAUAAUCUAUAUAUUAAUCUCAGUUUUUUAAUUUGUUGAAAUUUGCCUCUAUAUAUAUUUUUCAUUUCAAAAUGUAGUGUAUUUAGUUCCUCUUUUAAGGACAGAAAACAUAAUAAUAGGUAAUUAAUAGUGUGUUUCACCAUGCAAGUUAUUGUUGAGGUUUGGUGAUAAUUCUUAAGUUCCCCCAUACAAAAUUGCAAAUGACUUUACAGAGAAAGUUUCUGACAUUGUGUGUUUGUGUGUGUAUGAACACGGACAGAUUUAUGUGUGAUGACAUUCACUAACAUUACAGUAUUAUAUCACAAACAGUUUUUUUUUUUUUUUUUUUUUUUCAGUUUUAAAUCGUUUUUUUAUUCACAUUAUUAUUAUGUAAAUCUAAUUCUCAAUUCUGUACUCCUGUGCAGACCUACAUUUAUUUAUGCAUAAUUUGUAAGAAGUUGUUUUGAUACUCAGUGUGAUGCGUGCUCUUAAUCGUGUGAAGGCUGUUCUAGUCAUGUUGAUUUUUUAAAAUGAAAAAGUUAUUUGUGAUGAAUAAAAAAAUAGUGUCUCCUUGAAAUCUGCCUCCUGA